AUGGAGCUGAGCCGGAGGAAGGUGCCUCUCUAUGGCCAGGCCAAAGUUUUCGCGCUGCUGGAGGGUCUGGACUCGGUGCCAGAGGACAUCGAGGUCUACGUGGUCCUGGAGGGGUCCACUCUGCUGCAUGUGACCCGGGCCCACAGUGAGGUCAUGCUCUGCUUCAUCGUACCAGGACAUAACUUGGCCGAGACGGUGUCGGUGCAGGCGUAUUUGAGCUCCGAAAACACCGGUCUGACUUGGAUCGGCGGAGCGUUGCUGGAAUAUGUGCAAGACGAUGCCCAAGAAUUUGCCGAGCACUUGAUUAUCCACGGACAUCGCCUGAGAGCCACGGAUCAUGAGGAUCUGAGGAGCCUCUUCAGCCUGGGUCCUGGAUCUGGGACUUCCCGCUGGGCCCAGGACCGAUGCAUCGCUCUGGCCAUGGCCAACCUGGACAUCCCCCGAGGCUGGAAUGUGCUGGGCGGCCAGAACAGAGAGGAGCACACCCCCAGAGAGUGUCCCCUGCACCUGGCCGUGCGUCUGGGUCUGUGUCGUUUGGCGGAGCUGCUCCUCUGUCAGCCGGGGGGGCUCAUGGCCAUCCGCCUGCCCAACGAGGAGGGGGUCUCUCCACUGCAGCUGGCACAGACCUCUGCCCACUCUGAGCUGCUGGAGCUCCUCACGCACCCUCCCAACCCGCUGACCACGCCCCCAGCGGGACUGUCCCAGGUGUGGGCAGACCGCUCACGUCUGCUGCGCUUCUGUCACGACACCAGAAAUCUGACUUUAACAGUUCGACAAAACCAGAAGUGGAGCUCAGAGAAACGAACACACGCAGACAUCAGGCUUCUGCAGCGGCGGCUCCAUGAUGAGGGCUUCCUGAGAGAGAUUAUGGCUUUAAAAAGAGAAACCGUGGGAACUGUCUUGGAGAAGGAGCAACUUGUGGAUGAUCCUGUAGAGAAUGAUUUAAUUCCUGAACCCAACAAAGAGAACUUGGCUCCAUCGCAGACUGCGGGAGUCUUUGACGAUGACGAGCCGUUAAUGUUUUCUUUAAAUGAAGAUGAUGAAGACGAUCAGCUGCAGUCGGACUCAGGUCAGGCUUUCAUUUCUUUUACACCUUGUCCUCGGGCGACCACUUAA